CGAGGCGAGACGGACACUGUCCCAGCUGUCUUGCUGCUCAUGGGUCCCAGGGUUCUCACCUCAUCUUCCCCGCAGGUCCCAGGCAGGGGAGGGGCCCCUGGGCGCACGCAGGACAGGUCCCUGGACGGGGCAGGGUAGGCCGCGGGGUGGGGGAGCACAGGAGGCGGGCCCUCAGCCGGCCUCCCCCGCGCAGCUUCAAGGAGCGGUUCCACGCCAGCGUGCGCAGGCUGACCCCCAGCUGCGAGAUCACCUUCAUCCAGUCGGAGGACGGCAGCGGCCGCGGCGCCGCCCUGGUCUCCGCCGUGGCCUGUAAGAAGGCGUACAUGCUGGGCCAGUGACAGCGGCGGCCAGGCACGGAGGAGGCUCCGGGGGACAGACUCCCCCACAGGCGCCCCCAGCCUGGCCUGCCUCCCGCCCCGCUGCCGCCUGGAGAUGGGGAAGGCACGAAGGAGAAGCCUUGCCGGCAGGCCAGUCUUCCCGAGUCAGUGGGAGGGACAGCCUCCGGGCCCUGCCUGGGUUGGGGGCUCAAGGAGCAGAAAUGGAGAUGCCCACGUCUCCUGUCUUUCUGCUGGAAUCAACCACCGGAGGGAGUGGCUCGCUCAGGACUUAGUUGGAGCUUCCGGCUUGGUUCAGCCUUGCCUGGGCCCCGCUCUGGGGAGGGGUGCCCUGUGGACCCUGCUGUGGCCUGGCUUCCCUGGGACUCCGCCCACAUGGGGAGGCAGCCCAGGGACCUGGCCAGAUCUCCGCCUGGCUCCACAGCGCAGGGCUGCUGACCACCCAGGCCUGGUGGGCUUCUCUGCCUGGAGACAGGGGAGAGGGGGGCAGGGACCAGCUCAGCGUGGAGACGGAGGCACCAGGAGGCCUGGGAUGCAGCCUCUUCCCGCCCACCCCGCCUCUCCUGAGGGCCUGUGCUUCUGGGAUGGAUGCUCACAGGAGGUGCAAGAGACCAGCCCCCACAGCCCCCGUCAAGGACCCAGGAAGAGGAGGACCCCCCCCCCCAUGGGGCUGCCACACGCCAGCCAGCAGCACCCAGCACAGCCUCCAAGGGACCACCAGCCUCUUCAUGCCCAACAUGGGACUGGGUGGUUUUUUUAAUUAAAAGUUUUAAAAGUUUAGAGCAUGGCCUUGUCCGCGUUCUUUAACUUCUGUGCAUAAGGACUUGGGACAGUGUACAGACGUGGUCACCUGUGUGCAGACACUGAUUUGUUAUUUCCUCCGGCCAGCAAUGGGGGGAGGGGGAUGGCGGGGGGCAGAACACGGAGCAAGAGACCAGGCUGUGGGAGCAGGACUGGUGCCAUCUGGGUGGUGUCAGAGGUCCUAGAAGUGCCCAGGCCCCACCUGCCUGUGGGAUUUGGGGUGUGGGCGCCCUGAUCAAACCUCCGGGAGCCCCAGGAAGUGCCCAGGAGGAGGCAGGGCUGGUCUCUGGGGGCUGGUCCUGCCCCACGUCUGCCUCAACAGGGGGUCCCUCCGUCCCACACCUAACCCACUUACCCAGAAGCACAUCUGUAUGAUUUCCAGUGAAAGUCCCCAGCGAAUCUGGGAUGGCUUGCUUCAUUCGGAGCUUAACUCGACGAUGUGAUGGUGAGCAGGGCGUUCCGGGCUGUCCUCUCGUGCCCUGGGUCUCAGGUGCGCUGCUCCGGUCGCUAGUUCUCUGGCCUCUAGAUUACGCACCAGCUCCUUGGAGCUCUGUUACUCCACUCCCCGCGCUGAUGCUCUCGUCCAGGUCCAGAGGCCACGCAUCGGUCCCCUUCAAUAGGAAUCACUGCCCAGCUGUCCUGGGCUACAGUGCAGGGCAUGGCAUUGAUUCUUCAAGGGCUCUGUGUGAAUUCCGUUUUAGGGUGGGAAGACCGUGCCCUAAACUAUUUCCUUGUUCUCCAAAAGCGGUGAGGCCCUGCUCCACAGCCGCCGCCUGCAGGCCUCGCCCAUCCAGCAGGGGGCAGCAGGGCCACUCCUGCUCCAGGUCUGCUUGCCAUGCUGUCUUUGUCCUGGCCCCUCACUCAGCAGUUGAGCUCGCAUCAGGGGCUCAUGACCCACUUUCAGCGGAGGGGGGCGGGGGGCGGCAAGUGACUGUUUGGGGUCCAGGCCCUGUUCCGAAAGCCUCACAGGCAGCUUCUGUUUGGGGUCACAGCCAGCUCAGGGCCGCCUGCUGCCUCUGGGUUGGCCGGAGGCCGGGCCAAGCUUCUGCACCAAGGCCUCUGGGAGUCCCUGGGGGUCCCGGCCAGAGACCACCACUGCCCUCCAGGCCCAGGCCCCCAGGCAGCCCUCCCCCUCCCCCCACUGUCCUCUUGGACUGGGCAGGCCGGGCUGGACUGCAGGAGGGACAGUCAGAUGGAGGUGACAGGGGCCCAUCACUCAGCACCGUGAGUGGUGACAGCCGAGAGCCUGCUCUGCUCUCUGCUCUCAGGAGGCCUGAGCCCACGCCUCCCGGAUGGUGGACACCCGGGUGUUACAUGUCAGGGGCCUGAGGGUCACUGGAAUGCGGCUGGAAUCUGGGGCCCUGUCCUCCCCGAGCCCAGGCAGGGGCUGCCAAGUUUGGGUCUGUCCUCUCCUCCUCUCCUUAUUUGGUGCUGCAGGUGAUAAGGCUGAGACAUAAGGGAGGCUGCGGGCCCCUCGGCCACCAGGCUGACACUGAGAGAGGAUGGUGAGGGCCAGGGUGGGGCAAGGGCAGUGGCACCCUGGGGCUGUCCUUGGGGUGGGAGAGCAGGGAGACUUCUGUGCCUCCAGGGGUGGGGAGAGGACCCUGACCCCAGCUCUCCUGGGAAGGCUCUGGGGUGUGCAUGGGGCAUCUUGGGGGAGCCCUGGAGAGGACCCCUCCCCACCCACAAUGUUGCAGGCCAGCAGGAAGGCGGGGACCCGGGGCAAGGCCGCGGCCACCAAGCAGGCCCAACGAGGCUCUUCCAACGUCUUUUCUAUGUUCGAGCAGGCCCAGAUCCAGGAGUUCAAGGAGGCCUUCAGCUGCAUUGACCAGAACCGUGACGGCAUCAUCUGCAAGUCGGACCUUCGGGAGACCUAUUCCCAGCUGGGGAAGGUGAGUGUCCCGGACGAGGAGCUGGAUGCCAUGCUGCAGGAGGGGAAGGGCCCCAUCAACUUCACCGUCUUCCUCACGCUCUUCGGAGAGAAGCUCAACGGAACAGACCCUGAGGAAGCCAUCCUGAGCGCCUUCCGAAUGUUCGACCCCAGUGGCAAGGGCGUGGUGAGCAAGGACGAGUUCAAGCAGCUGCUCCUGACCCAGGCAGACAAGUUCUCUCAGGCCGAGGUGGAGCAGAUGUUCGCCCUGACGCCCGUGGACCUGGCUGGGGACAUCGACUACAAGUCCCUGUGCUACAUCAUCACCCACGGGGACGAGAAGGAGGAGUGACGGGGGCCGCAGCGAGACUCGGGGCCACGCGCUGGCACCUCAAUAAAC